AAACACACACACACACACAAAAAAAAAAACACUAAAGGUCAGCAUGGCAGCAGGUGUAGCGGCAUGGCUUCCCUUCGCCAGAGCGGCGGCCAUCGGGUGGAUGCCCGUGGCGAGCACCCCGAUGCCCAUCCCUCCCCAGGACAAGAGGAAAGCCCAGGACGGAUUCAUCAUCCUCAACGUGAGCGGCACCAAGUUCCAGACGUGGCGGACCACGCUGGAGAGGUACCCGGACACGUUGCUGGGGAGCACCGAGAGGGACUUCUUCUUCCACGAGGAGACCAGCGAGUACUUUUUCGACCGCGACCCCGACAUCUUCAGGCACAUCCUCAAUUUCUACCGCACGGGCAAGCUGCAUUACCCGCGCCAGGAGUGCAUAUCGGCGUACGACGAGGAGCUCGCCUUCUUCGGCAUCAUCCCCGAGAUCAUCGGGGACUGCUGCUACGAGGAGUACAAGGACCGGAGGCGCGAGAACGCGGAGCGGCUCCAGGACGACGAGGAGAUGGACAUGAACAACGACGUCGCGCCGCUGAAUCUGACGUUCCGGGAGUAUCUGUGGCGGGCUUUUGAAAACCCGCACACCAGCACCCUGGCGCUGGUGUUCUACUAUGUGACGGGCUUCUUCAUCGCCAUCUCGGUGAUGGCCAACGUGGUGGAGACGGUGCCGUGCGGAACUCUGCCCAACAGGUCCAAGGAGGUGUCCUGCGGGGACCGCUACGCGCUCGCCUUCUUCUGCUUGGACACGGCGUGCGUCAUGAUAUUCACGGUCGAGUACCUGCUCCGCCUGAUCGCCGCCCCCAGCCGCUGCAAGUUCAUGAAGAGCGUGAUGAGCGUCAUCGACGUGGUGGCGAUCAUGCCGUACUACAUCGGCCUGGUCAUGACCGACAACGACCAGGUGAGCGGGGCGUUCGUCACGCUGAGGGUCUUCCGCGUCUUUCGGAUUUUCAAGUUUUCCCGGCACUCCGCGGGGCUGCGCAUCCUGGGCUACACCCUGAAGAGCUGCGCCUCUGAGCUGGGCUUCCUCCUCUUCUCCCUCACCAUGGCCAUCAUUAUAUUCGCCACGGUCAUGUUUUAUGCAGAGAAAGGCUCCACAGCAACCAAGUUCACCAGCAUCCCCGCAGCCUUUUGGUACACCAUCGUCACCAUGACAACACUGGGGUACGGUGACAUGGUGCCAAAGACGAUUGUGGGGAAGGUGUUUGGGUCCAUAUGCUCUCUGAGUGGGGUGCUGGUCAUCGCCCUGCCCGUCCCUGUGAUAGUGUCAAACUUCAGCCGUAUUUACCACCAAAGCCAGCGGGCGGAGAAACGACGAGCCCAGAGGAAAACUCGCCUCGCUAGAAUCCGUGCUGCCAAGAUUCGGGGCACUAACGCCUAUAUGCGCUACAAACAAAACGGGCUCCUGAUCGACGCGCUGGAGGAGGCCUCUAAGGAAGCAGGAAAAGCCCUGGUUGGAAAGUCGGCCAGCCCUCCAUUUGAGAGCCAACAUCAUCACUUGCUGCACUGCUUGGAGAAGACGACGAAUCACGAGUUUGUGGACGAGCAGACGUUCCAGGCCAACUGCAUGGAGAUCUCGGUGGUGAACAAGUCGGGCUCGCGCACCUCCUCGUUGUCCUCGUCUCCGCACGGCCUCAGCUCCUGCUGCUCGCGGCGCCACAGGAAGAAGAGCAGCUUCAGCCUGCCGAGCACCAACAACCAGGAGCUCAGCACCAUCCAGAUCAGAGAGCGGCCCGUGUCCAACAGCCGCUCCAGCCUGAACGCCAAGCUGGAUGAGACGGUGCCCUUGAAGUGCGACGAGGCUUACAUCUCCCCGUCCAUGGUCCGGCUGUCUGCCCCGGUGGCGACCUCGUCGGACGACGCCUCCACCGCCACCACCACGUACUCGCAGAGCAACAUUGUCCGAGUAUCUGCCUUGUAGAUGUCGCACCUGCCUCACCUGACCAGCCCAAACUGGUCUCGAGAAGCACCAGAUAGAUGCUGAGGAGAGGGACCACCGAGCAUCAACCUGCCAUAACCGAGAGGGAUUAUAAGCUUGACAGCAGUUGGGAUUUUUAUUUAUUUAUUUUUUUUUAAUUUUGAAGUUGUGAUUUCAUCUGAUGUCAAACUCUGCAUGGUGUUUAAAAGAAGAAAACAAAAACACACACACACAAAAAAACCGAACAAAAGCAACAACAACAAAACGUUGAGGCUCUUCUUGGAGCCGGAGUUUGAUGUUGAACCAGCAGAUCUUUGCUUCAUUAAGCACAUCAAAGCGAGGAGGCGCUUGGAAUGAACGUCAUCGUUGCCUAAACAUACUGAGGACAAAAAAAAAAAAUCAACAACUUUAUUUUUCAAUAUGUGACGUAGAUGUGUGUGUUGUCUCUGAUUCGAAGGCGGGGAAAAGUCUCGAGAUCGUUCUCGACGGCCUCAUGGCGAAUAAAGCACACGAAUAUCCUCGCCGUCUUUGUGAAUAUGGACUCACUCUCCACGCUGUUGCAUUUAAAGCCCUCUUCGAUUAAAACGCUUUCUUACCUCCCCCUCCCCCGUUCACUGUUGUAAAGUCCAAAAAAAAAAAAAACGACGCGCGCACCCACUGGAACGCAUCGCCGUUGUGAAUAUUCACGAACUGAUUCACGAAGCCGGUCGGGGUCGUCGCCCGACGGAUGAAAUCGCACGACUCACCCCGACGUGUGCGAGUGAAGGUUGAACGACCAAAUCUGUGUUAGCUUCCAUAUUAGCCAUCCUGAGUCAGCGUGAAAGCCGCCUGUCGGUAGUUGCCAGUUAUCGAUAACCAUACAGGGUAUACAUUAGCUAGGGCACAAGUGAAUAAGGGAACGUUUUCGGCAGCACUUAACUAACCUUGAUGUGGACACGUACGAGAUGGUAGCACCGGCCUGCUAAACCGUAGGAAAGGACAUCGACUGACUUCCUCACAGCGACUCGGUUGACUCCAUUGUGUCGAAGCACCAUUUUGUAUAUUUUUCAUACUGUAAAUAUUUCUCAGUUAGGACUUUAUCAAAUGCAUCUGAAGUUGGCUCCUCUAAGUUCUAGAUUUAGUUUGAACAGUUGUUGGCA